CCCCCUGACCCCAUCCCAGCUGCCCACACUGAAAGGACUGAGGGGGUCACGUGAUCCCGUGCCCCACGCGAUAGUACAUCCGUUACAUAGGGACCGAUUGUUUAAGGAUUCUGCUUCCAUCAACAGAAAAAAACAGAGGGGAUAACUUUUUGGAAUUCAGCCCAAUGGAGUUCUCUUUCAUUCUCCUAUCUCCCCUCCUCGGCUUGCAACGUCUCUCCUUCUCUCUCUCUCUCUCUCUCUCUCUCUCUCUCUCUCUCUCUCUCUCUCUCUUUCCCUCUACCCUCUCUCCAUUUCUCCCCAGAAAGGUAGACGGUUAAGAGCGUACUUUUACUGAAGAAACAAGUAUCAGGUACCACGCAGCAGCCACAGCAGCAUCUCUCAGGAUGCAUAGCUUCAUGGGCGGGGGCCUAUUCUGUGCAAUGGUGGGGAACAUCCUGCUGGUGGUCUCAAUGGCAACAGACUACUGGAUGCAGUACCGCCUGUCAGGCAGCUUCGCCCACCAGGGCCUGUGGAGGUACUGCAUGUCGGGCAAAUGUUACAUGCAGACGGACAGCAUCGCGUACUGGAAUGCCACCCGGGCCUUAAUGAUCCUGUCCGGGAUGUCGUGCUUCGCGGGCAUCAUUGCGGGCAUCCUCUCCUUUGCCCACUUCUCCGCCUUCGAGAGGUUCAACCGCUCCUUCGCUGCAGGGAUCAUGUUUUUCAUCUCCACUUUAUUUGUUCUGCUGGCGAUGGCCAUCUACACGGGUGUGACAGUGAACUUCCUGGGCAAGCGCUUCGGUGACUGGCGUUUCUCUUGGUCUUACAUAUUGGGCUGGGUGGCACUGCUCAUGACCUUCUUUGCAGGGAUAUUUUACAUGUGUGCCUACAGAAUGCAUGAAUGUAGGACAGGGGGCGGCCCUACACGCUAGAGAGAAAGACACAGCAAGAUACACAAACUGUUUUUAAAAAGAGGACCAUUUUACACUGAAUGAAUGACCAUGUUUAUCCAGAGGCCAACAUAUGACAGAAAGCCUUUGCGACUGCAUGGGCCUCCAUUCCCUGAUGUUUCCAAUGGAUUUCCUGGAUAAAUAAAGGAUUGAUUUGGAAAAAAUACAACAGCUUUCUGCCAUACACAUGAAAGGAACAUUUACGAGAAUGAUAAUGCAUUUAUUUAUAAAGUCAAUAUGACUCAUUUCAUUAACUAUUUGCAGUUAACAGGAGAAUAUGUUUCAAAAUGGCUGACACGGCAAGGGUUAUGAUAUCUCCGUAGUGCCUUUUUCAAAAGCAAGAUGACAACAGGCUUUUUGUAUAUGCAAAUGUGUUGUAGUUUUGAUAAGGAAUAUGGGCAGCAAUGCUGACUUUACAAUUUCUCAUAUUUUCAAUAAACUUCCUCUCUAAAUGUU